AUGGGUCAAAAACCUUCGACGUUAUGGUCGAAGCCAAAAAUUUCAUUAACGUGGGCAUUAAAAAAUGAUAUAUCAAUAAUACAUAGGAAUCAAACAUCGAAAACUUCUAGUCAAGAUGAAAAAAUUGCCGUUAUUAAACCGAAUAAUGUGAGAAAAAUAUCGACUUUACAAAAACAAAACGGAUUGAAACAAACAAAAGUGUCGAGUAAAACAAUUGAACCAAAGAAAAACGAAUCCGUUUUAGUAGAAUCCGUGAAAGAAGUCAGAAAGUGUGAAGAGAGGCGAAGCAUAUCUCCUACGAGUUCGACAUCCACGACGAAACUUGGAAGAAGGAGAAGAAUAAGAAAAGCUCGACAACGUUGUACAAAAAAAAAUUCUUCGUUCGGAUACGAAAUCCAAGAUGUCGAUGAAUUUUUAACGAAAGCUUCUUUGGAUAGUCCUGGAAAUAUUCCGAUGGUUCUUUCCAGGCCUUGCGUUUUAUAUGAGACGCACACAGGUGGACCACAACGGGAGGUGUCAUUACCCCUAGGAAUGGUAGUCAACGGAGUACUUAAAAAUAGAGCAUGGUUGUAUGCGCAAACGCCACACGGCGAAGAAGGAUACGUUCCUUAUGCUUGUUGUCUUCCUCUUGGUAUACUACCAGCUCCUUCUAGGUCACAACCAUGUUGGGACACCCAAACAGAUAUUUUUCCAAGACCGUCCGGUAAUCGGACGGACAGAGAAAAAUUAAGAGAUGAAACAAGGUCUGAAUGUGGUGGUGCUAGAGUUACAACAAAUAAAAAAAGAAUAAGAAGAGACAGCGGUGAAAAAAAUGUCGACGGUUUAUAUCUUCGAGCGUCUAGAAAACAUUCCGUGAAGCAAACGUUACUCGUUAUAGGAACAGACUAUAAAAGUAAUGGAAAUAAUAAAUUGUCCGUUUGUAAAGGAGACGUUGUAUCACUGAUAAGUUCUCAGCUAAAAGACUGGUUUUGGGUUCGCGACAGAAACGGAAAAGAAGGAUUCAUUCCGGCUGUUGUCGCUGGACACGGAUUUCUUUGA